GUAUUGCUGUAUGGCAUGUUUGUUGAUGCUUGUACAGUAUAUGCGAGAAAAUGGAUUGAUGAAGAUGGCGUAGAAAUUGAAAUUGUUAAAAGUAUCUCAGACGAAGAAUGCACGAUGAAAAGUGAAGCAGGCGAUACGCUGGAGCAGUAUUACAGGUUAACAGAUGAAAGAGGAAGACUAAUUGGAACAAAUUUUGGUGAAAAACCGUUUAAAUUCAUGUUGGGUAAUGGAGAAGUAAUUCGAGGAAUGGAUACAGCCAUGACAGGAAUGUGUGAAGGUGAACGACGUCGCGUUGUAAUUCCGCCAAGGGAAGCUUCCGAAAUGGAUGGCCACUUAGUCGAUGGUAUUGCUUCAGAUGCUACGCUGUAUUAUCUACUUGAAUUAAAAAGUAUUCAGAAGUAUAAUCCCGGUGAACGUUGGCUUGAUGAUGAUGGCUUGCAAAUCACAGUACUUCAUAAAAUUGAUGAUUAUUUAUGCAAACAAGCCAAGACGGGAGAUGUGGUUCAGAUUCACUUCACUCUUUUUCUCCAAGAUGGAACAUUUGUCGAUUCAACAAAAACUCGAGAACCUUACCAGUUUAUGCUAGGAUAUGGGAGGGUUGAAGGCUUAGAUCGAGCCGUAAAUGGGAUGUGCCAGGGAGAAAAGCGUAGGAUAGACAUUCCACCCUCACUAGCUAAAGGUGAAAUAGGAACUGCAGAAAAAAUCAAAAACGAUGUAUAUUUACAUUAUCAAGUAGAAUUGGUGAAGGUCAGCAAAAAAGACGAAUUAUAA